GGUGUGUGUCGAUGUGGUUGGUGACUGAACAGUUACGCUCAUAUUGUCCAGUCAUUCUGUGUGCAUUCGACAUUUCCAAAGUGGAGCCUCCUGUGCCCGGAUGCUGUUGCUGAAUUAGCUGUCCAGUGCAAAACGUACCAAAUUCGAAGUGAAGAAACAAAAGUUACUUCUGUACAUUAUCACUAAGCUGUCGAAGCUGCCAAGCCCAGAAAAAAAUGUGGCCUGUGUAUGUUGGUAAAUGUGAAAGCAAGAUGUAGCUGACCUUGUUCCAAACUUGAAUCGGUAUCGUUCCAUUUGCACUCACAGUAUAGGUGACAAUUGACCUCAUCAGCUUGAUACGGUAGCGGCUUGAGCUAUGCCUAUCUGUGUGUAGCAUCAAGCCAGCAGUGCAUUUUAUUGAAGAUUACCAAGGGACCAUCCAGUAUUUGAAGAUUUCAAGCAUGGGGAGACAGUGCCUGCUCCCACUGGAACUGGCAGAUUGCCUUACAGACAGCCCACAUUUCCGUCAAAAUCUUCAUGCGUAUGAAAAGGAACUGGAAAACACUAGUGCUUCAAUCAAAACAUUGGUCAAGGACAUCAAAGAGGUGUUGGAUGCUGCUAAACAGCUGUCGCGGUGCCAGCGGGCGUUCGCCAACAGCCUGGACAAGUUCCAGUUCGACUGCAUCGGCGGCUCGCAGACGGACGACGAGAUCGUGAUCGCCGGCUCGCUGAAGCAGUUCGCCGCGCUCAUCCACCUGAUCGAGGAGGAGCGACAGCGCAUGCUGGACCAUGGUCACAAGCACAUCCUGGGCGCGCUGGAGUCGUUUCGAAGGACGCACAUCGGAGCGGCCAAGGAGGGACGCAAGAAAUUCGAGAAGCAGACGCAGAAGUUCUGUGCUAGCUUGGAGCGCCACCUGAACCUGUCGACGAAGAAGAUGGAGGACCAGGCCAUGAAAGAGGCGGACGCGUCGCUGGAGAUGGAGCAGCGCUUCUUCGUGCAGGCCAGCCUCGACUACGUCUGCAUGCUUCAGGAGGUGCAGGAGCGGAAGAAGUUUGAGUUCGUGGAGACGACGGCGCCGAAGCCUGCCCACGUCCGCUGCUUCGGGUGCAUGUACGGCUGGCUCACGUUCUACCACCAGGGACACGAGGUGGCCAACGACUACAAGGGCCAGAUGACCGACCUACAGAUGCGAUUGCAGAAGCGAGGUGGAGGCGCUGAAGGAAACAAGAUGAUGGUGGACGUGCGGCAAACGAAGUCGCAGGACGCCGGCACGAGACAAGGCUAUCUGUACCUGAUGGAGAAGAAGGCGUUCGGCACCACGUGGACCAAACACUACUGCAUGUACGAUAAGAAGACCAAGAACCUGUCGCUGAUCCCCUACAACCAGCUGACGGGCAAGCUGAGCUCGACGGACCAGAUGGUGGUCAAGUCAUGCGUGCGCCGAAUGUCGGAGACGAUCGACCGCCGCUUCUGCUUCGACGUGACGGCCGAGGAGCGCGACGGCCAGGUGUACACGCUUCAGGCACUCUCCGAGCACGACCGCCGACUCUGGCUGGACGCCAUGGACGGCAAGGAGCCGACCUACUCCAAUUACGGCAUCGACCAGCGGACGGAGGAGACGGCGCUGGAGGACAGCGGCUUCCACUUCAUCACCACCUGCAUCGCCCAGCUCGAGGGCCGCGGCCUCGAGGAGCAGGGGCUGUACCGAGUGGUCGGAGUCAACUCCAAGGUCACCAAGCUGGUGCAGCUGGGCCUGAGCCGGCACAAGCUGGACAAGCUGCCGCUGGACAACGUCGUCGAGUGGGAGACCAAGACGCUGACGAGCGCCAUCAAGACCUUCCUCCGCAGCCUGCCGGAGCCGCUCAUGACGUUCCGCCUGCACCACGAGUUCAUCAACGCCGCCAAAACGGACAACAAGGAGGUGCGCGUGGCUGAGAUACACAAGCUGGUGCGCAAGCUGCCCAAGGUCAACUACCGCAUGCUGAAGAUACUGAUGCAGCAUGCGCAAAACGUGAGUCGGAAGAGCGAUAAGAACCUGAUGUCGGUCAGCAACCUGGGUGUCUGCUUCGGGCCGACCCUGCUCCGGCCCGAGGAGGAGACCAUGGCUGCCAUCAUCGACAUCAAGUUCUGCAACGCCGUUGUUGAGAUCCUCAUCGGGCACUUCGACACGAUAUUUUCGGGCGGACCGGUGGCCAGCACGGGCGAUUCCAACGGACAGCUGCACUACAGCAACGGCCCCGUGUCUGCCGGCCCGCCGCCGGCCAAGCCCGGCAUCAUAUCGGCCAUGGCGCAGCCGGUCCAGGUGACGGCGUACGAGGCGGAGCAGCCGGCGCGGUCCGCGCGGCUGCCGGCCGGCGUGGCGCGCCGCCACUACCCGCCGCCGUACGCGCACCCACCGCCGCCCGUGUAC